GACGCGCUUGCAGAGUAUAAAUUGCAGUCUUCCUUUUGCACUCUACCUGUUUCUUCUCAAUAACAGCUUUCUUGUGCUGAUCUGACACCCAUCUGACAUCAUGUGCGACGACGACGAGACUACAGCUCUUGUGUGCGACAAUGGUUCUGGGCUGGUGAAGGCUGGCUUUGCUGGUGAUGACGCACCUCGCGCGGUCUUCCCCUCCAUAGUCGGUCGUCCCCGUCACCAGGGUGUGAUGGUGGGCAUGGGACAGAAAGACUCGUACGUGGGAGAUGAGGCCCAGAGCAAGAGGGGUAUCCUAACCCUUAAGUACCCCAUUGAGCAUGGCAUCAUCACCAACUGGGACGACAUGGAGAAAAUCUGGCACCACACCUUCUACAACGAGCUGAGAGUGGCCCCCGAGGAGCACCCCACCCUGCUGACUGAGGCCCCCCUCAACCCCAAGGCUAACCGUGAGAAGAUGACCCAGAUCAUGUUUGAGACCUUCAACGUCCCCGCCAUGUAUGUGGCCAUCCAGGCUGUGCUGUCCCUGUACGCCUCCGGUCGUACCACAGGUAUUGUGCUGGACUCUGGUGAUGGUGUGACCCACAACGUGCCCAUCUAUGAGGGUUACGCUCUUCCCCACGCCAUCAUGCGUCUGGAUCUGGCUGGUCGUGACCUGACUGACUACCUGAUGAAGAUACUGACUGAGCGUGGCUACUCAUUUGUGACCACCGCUGAGCGUGAGAUUGUGCGUGACAUCAAGGAGAAGCUCUGCUACGUGGCCCUGGACUUUGAGAAUGAGAUGGCCACCGCCGCGUCAUCAUCCUCCCUGGAGAAGAGCUACGAGCUGCCCGACGGUCAGGUCAUCACCAUCGGCAACGAGCGUUUCCGCUGCCCAGAGACCCUCUUCCAGCCUUCCUUCAUUGGCAUGGAAUCUGCUGGGAUCCAUGAGACCACCUACAACAGCAUCAUGAAGUGUGACAUCGACAUCCGUAAGGACCUGUAUGCCAACAACGUCCUGUCCGGUGGUACCACCAUGUACCCUGGCAUUGCUGACCGCAUGCAGAAGGAGAUCACAGCUCUGGCCCCCAGCACCAUGAAGAUCAAGAUCAUUGCUCCCCCUGAGCGUAAGUACUCUGUCUGGAUCGGAGGCUCCAUCCUGGCUUCCCUGUCCACCUUCCAGCAGAUGUGGAUCAGCAAGCAGGAGUAUGAUGAGGCAGGCCCCUCCAUAGUCCACAGGAAGUGCUUCUAAACUGCAGCCUCUCUUCCCCAUGACUCCUCCCUUUGCUGCCCUAAUGGAUUCACUGACUCUUCACAUUACCUCCGCCUAUGGAUAUGGAUACAGAGAUACAGAUCCAUGCAGCCUCUCCUUAAACAUUUACAUUUUGUACAGUUUGUUUAUUACAUAUGUGGUGAUUUAUUGCAUCGUGAAGAUAAUGAUACUUGAAUUUGUAUUGGUUUGUAAAUAAACAAGACCUGGUUACUUGCACACAAGAGUAUUGAUGAG